AUGAGGAACGCCGGCUUUCUUCUGGCGGCCGCGGCAUCCGUCCGGGCCGCAUGCACGUGGAAGAACGUUCACACCGGAGCUGGGGGCGGCUUCGUCCCGGGCAUCUCUUUCCACCCGACCGAGCCGGGCGUCGCGUACGCCCGCACCGACAUCGGCGGCCUCUACCGCCUGAAUGCCGACGAUUCGUGGACCCCCGUGACCGACGCCAACGGCUUCGCGAGCGACGUCAGCUGGGGCAACUGGGGGAUCGACGCCCUCGCCCUCGACCCGGCGGACGCCUCCAAAGUGUACAUCGCGACGGGACUGUACACCAACGACUGGGACCCUAACAAUGGCUCCAUCGCCCGCAGCUCCGACAAGGGCGAGACUUGGGAGCUCACGCCUCUGCCUUUCAAGGUCGGCGGCAACAUGCCCGGCCGCGGAACCGGCGAGCGGCUUGCUGUUGACCCCAAGAACCCGGAGAUUCUUUACUUUGGUGCUCGCAGCGGCAAUGGCUUGUGGAAGAGCACGGAUAGCGGCGCCUCUUUCUCCAAGGUCACUUCUUUCGAGGCCGUCGGUACUUUCCGCCCCGGCCCGGAGACCGAUGCCUACAACGGCGAUAUCCAGGGCUUGACGUUCGUCACCUUUGACGAGACAUCCGAAGUCCUCGACGGCGCCACGUCGAGAAUCUUCGUUGGGACCGCCGACAACAUCACCGCCUCGGUGUACGUCAGCAACGAUGCCGGUGCGACCUGGAGCCCCGUCGCCGGCCAGCCGGCCAAGUUCUUCCCUCACAAGGCCAGGCUGCAGCCGGCCGAGAAGGUCAUCUACUUCACCUACUCGGACGGGACCGGCCCCUACGACGGCACCCUCGGCGGUGUUUACAAGUACGACCUCACCUCCGGCACGUGGACCGACAUCACCCCGACCUCGGGCACCGAUCUCUUCUACGGCUUCGGCGGUUUGAGCGUCGACAUGAAGAAGCCGGGCACCCUCGUGGUCGCCACCCUCAACAGCUGGUACCCGGACGCCAUCCUCUUCCGUUCGACCGACUCCGGCGCCACCUGGAAGAGGAUCUGGAACUACGGCGCCGACGGCAAGGUUGCGCCCCAGUACACCAUCAGCUCCGAGAAUGCCCCCUGGAUUGAGACCAACUUCCUCGACAUCGACACCAAGAAGCUCGGCUGGAUGAUCGAGUCCCUCGAGAUCGAUCCCACCAACAGCGACAAGUGGCUCUACGGCACCGGCCUCACCGUCUACGGCGGCAACGACCUGACCAACUGGGACAAGAACAAGACCGUCACCGUCUCCAGCCUGGCCUCGGGCAUCGAGGAGAUGGCCAUCUCCAGCCUCGCCAGCGCCCCCGGCGGCCCCGAGCUGCUGAUGGCCACCCUCGACAACAACGGCUUCACCUACGGCUCCGUCGCCGACCUCGAGAAGGCGCCCCAGACGGCCUGGACCGACCCGUGGUGGGCGAGCAGCGUCUCGGUCGACUUCGCCGGCAACGACGCCACCAAGGUCGUGCGCGUCGGCAAGGCCACCGACUCCCCCCAGCUCGCCCUCAGCAAGGACAGCGGCGCCACCUGGGCCGUCCUGAACUCGACCGGGACCGCCGCCACCGACGGCACCGUCGCCUACUCGGCCGACGGCGACGUCAUCCUCUGGUCGACCCUCAGCGCCGGCGUCCUGGCCAUCCGCAACGGAGGGAAACCCGAGAACGUCUCCCUGCCCGCGAGCAGCGUCAUCGCCAGCGACAAGAGGGACAACAAGGUCUUCUACGCGGCCAACAAGGCCGUCUUCUACGUCUCGACCGACGGCGCCGCCACCUUCACCGAGUCCCCCCUCGCCAACGUCACGGACAUCCGCCACAUCGCCGCGCAUCCCACCACCGCCGGCGAGCUCUUCGUCUCGACCAACUCGGGCGUCUUCCGCAGCACCGACUCCGGCAAGACCUUCGCCCCCGUCUCGAGCCCCGUGAACGCCCACGCCGUCUCCGUCGGCAAGGGCGACGGUGACGGCUGGAACCUGUACGUCUUCGGCGAGGGCGCCGACGGCAAGAAGCUCUACGGCAGCGCCGAUUUCGGCGCCACCUGGGUCGACCUCCAGGGCGACCAGAGCUUCGGCGCUCUCGAUGGUGCGUCGCUGGUCGGCUCGGCCAACGAGGCCAACGUCGUCUAUGUCGGCACCAACGGCCGCGGUGUGCUGUACAGCUCGUGCCCCGUCGCCAACUCUACCGCUGCUCCCGCUAGCGUGAGGAGACACACGUACGGCAGGCCGAUGAGACUCGGAAGAUCUCCUCGUAGGCAUUGA